CUCUGCACUGAAGUCAGCCGAUGUUCAGUCAGAGUUUGGUCAUGUCUGGACUGUUGGGUGUUCGCCUGCUGCUGCUGUGGGGCUGCGCCUGCCUCUGGCUGAGCUGCUCAGCCUCAGGAGCUCUGGUUAUCUCCAGGGACAAUGAAGCUACACAGGAACAAAGAGGAGCUGCCAGAUCAUUGCAGAAAAGAAGUACAAAUGAAGCAAUGGUGGAGGUAUACAGUGUGACAGUGGACUGCACUGUGACGUCUCGGUUCGCCCACACCAUCAUGACCUCCAAGGCUCUCAACAAAGCAAACUCGUCCCAGGAAAUCUUUUUUGAAGUGGAGCUGCCCAAGACUGCUUUCAUCACAAACUUCAGCAUGGAAAUCGAGGGUCAGGUGUAUGUCGGAGAGGUGAAGGAGAAAGAGAAAGCCAAGAAACAGUACGAGAAGGCCGUUUCCUCUGGACAGACUGCUGGACUCGUCAAGGCUUCAGGAAGAAAGAUGGAGAAGUUUUCAGUGUCUGUCAAUAUUGCUGCUGAAAGCAACGUGACUUUUGUCCUGACAUACGAGGAGCUCCUUCAGAGGAAACUGGGCCGAUAUGAGAUUUUGACCCGAGUCAAACCCAAAACACUGGUUCAGGAUUUUCAGAUUAAGACAAACAUUUAUGAGCCUCAGGGCAUUUCUUAUGUUGAUGCCCAUGCGACCUUCCUCUCAAACGAGCUGCUCCCUCUGAUGGAGAAAACUGUCACAGACAAAAAGGCGCAUAUCUCUUUCUCACCAACUAUGGAGCAGCAGAGGAAGUGUCCAGGUUGUGAUGGAACACUCAUCGAUGGUGAUUUUAUUGUCACCUAUGAUGUGAACCGAGAGACGAGACUCGGGGACAUACAGAUUGUAAAUGGCUACUUUGUGCACUUCUUUGCUCCUCCCGACUUACCCAAAGUCCCAAAGAAUGUGGUGUUUGUUAUUGAUAUAAGUACAUCAAUGAUGGGAAGAAAGAUUGAACAGACACGAGAAGCUAUGCUGGCCAUUCUUCAACAAGUGCAUGAAGAAGACCACUUUGGAAUUAUCCUGUUUCAUUCUUGGGUUGAAACCUGGAAGGAAUCACUUAGCAAAGCAACAAAGGAAAACAUAACUGAAGCCAUGGAUUACAUUAGAAGAUUAGGACCCCGAGGAGCUACUAAUAUCAAUGAUGCAGUGAUGACCAGCGUAAACAUGCUGGUCAAAGACAGACAGAUGAACCGGCUGCCAGAGAGAAGUGUAGAUAUGAUUAUUUUACUGACUGAUGGAAUGCCAAAUACUGGGGAGAGCAACACUGGAAAGAUCCAGCAGAAUGUGCGUACAGCCAUUGGAGGAAACAUGUCUCUGUACUGUCUUGGAUUUGGAAAUGAUGUGGAUUAUGCCUUCCUGGAUGUGAUGAGCACACAAAACAAGGGUCUGGCCCGCAGAAUCUUUGAAGGUUCAGAUGCUGCUGUUCAGCUCCAGGGCUUCUAUGAAGAAGUGGCCAGCCCUCUACUUUCAGAGGUGGACUUGCGUUAUCCUGACAAUGCAGUGGACUUUCUGACUACCAACCACUUCAGCCAGUUGUUUAAUGGCACAGAGAUCGUCGUGGCUGGUCGGGUGAUGGACAACAACCUGGACAACUUCUUGGUGGAAGUGUUUGGACAGGGGUUUGAAGAACAGUUCAUAGUCCAGGGCCAAGCCAGCACUGAGGACUGGAAUGUGAUCUACCCAGACGAGGAGUACAUCUUUGGAGACUUCACUGAGCGUCUGUGGGCCUACCUCACUAUCCAGCAGUUACUGGAGAAGAGCAAGAGCGGUACACCAGAUGAGAAAGCCAACACCACAGCCAAGGCCCUGGAAAUGUCCCUGCAGUACAGCUUCGUCACCCCUCUCACAUCCAUGGUUGUUACCAAGCCCGAAACUGAAGAUACACCAAGCGGCCCUCUCAUUGCUGACAAGCUGACUGAAGAGCAAAGACAGAAGGCUGAAAAAAUGGGAUAUCAAUAUGCAGCUCCACAGUUGUACCCACAGUCUUACAGGCCAGCACCCGCAUAUCUGGUGGAUGGAGAUCCUCAUUUCAUUAUAGAGCUCCCGGACAGAGGAUAUGCUUUGUGCUUCAACAUCAAUGACAAACCAGGAACCAUUUUCAAUCUGGUCAGAGACCCAAAUUCAGGUAUUUUGGUCAAUGGUGAGAUCAUUGGAGACAAGAAGAUUCCCCCUGAUGGGAAAAUCAACACCUAUUUCUGGCGUUUUGGCAUUGUCCACCAGACCCUCGGGGUCAGGCUGGUGGUGAGCACUGAGGACAUCUCUGUGUUUCAGGACGGCAAACAGGUCAAACUGCUGUGGUCUGAUACAGCCUCCCUUAAAGGACCCAAUGUGGAUCUUCUUGUGACCAAGGAUCGCAGCCUAACCGUAACACUAAGAGAUUCGGUUAAGUUUGUGAUCCUGCUUCACAAAGUGUGGAAGAAGCACCCAUACCACCGGGACUACUUGGGUUUCUACACCCUGGACAGCCACCUCCUGUCCCAUGACGUCCACGGCCUGCUAGGUCAGUUCUGUCAUGGGAUUAACUAUGAGGUGACAGACUUGCGUCCAGGAAAAGUCCCAGAGAAACCAGACGCCACCAUGUAUGUGAAAGGACAGGAACUCAGUGUGACCAGAGGCUGGCAGAGGGACUUCAGGUGGGAUGUGAAGAAUGGAGAAAAUGUCCCGUGCUGGUUCAUUCACAAUAAUGGAACUGGCCUCAUUGAUGGAAACUUGACCGACUACAUUGUGUCUGGCCUUUUAAAAUCUGUUUAAAAAGAGGCCGCACAGCUGUAACUGCUGCUGAAGUCAUCAAUAUGAAAUUCAUGAAAGAAAUAUUCAAAUCUGCAGACACAACACCAACAUGUAACUAACACAAAACAGGUUUCAUUUGUAGUGCUGUGCAGAUAAUUUACUUAAUGGUGGCAAAUACUGGGGGAUGAUAUUAAAAUACAUGUGAAACAGUUAUUAAAGAUGGACUCAAACUGGA